GCUGCUGCCGCUUCUGCUGCUGCUGGGGCUGCUGGCGGAGGCCGGAGGAUCGGGCGGCGGCGGCGGCGGCUGAGAGGGCGGCGGCGGGAGCGGAGCGGGACGAGGGAGCUAGAGGAAGCGAGCGAGGAGCUAGUGGAGCGCGCCCAGCCCCGCCCUCCCUUCCGCCCGCCGGAGCAGCCGGAGCAGCCCGGGCCCCCAGCCGCCGCCGCCGCCGCCGCCGCCGCCGUCGCUGCCGCCGCCUGCCUGCCCGCCCGCCCGCCCGCCCGACAAAGCCCGAGAGCCCGCGCCCAGAGCCAUGUCCUCGUCCUCCGGCAGCGGCCACCAGCCCAGCCAGAGCCGCGCCAUCCCCACCCGCACCGUGCCCAUCAGCGACGCCGCGCAGCUACCUCAUGACUAUUGCACCACGCCCGGAGGGACGCUCUUCUCCACCACGCCGGGAGGAACGCGAAUCAUCUAUGACCGAAAGUUUCUGUUGGAUCGUCGCAAUUCUCCCAUGGCUCAGACCCCGCCUUGCCAUCUGCCCAAUAUCCCAGGGGUCACCAGCCCUGGCACCUUAAUCGAAGACUCCAAAGUAGAAGUAAACAAUUUGAACAACUUGAACAAUCAUGACAGGAAGCAGGCCGUUGGGGAUGACGCUCAGUUUGAGAUGGACAUCUGAGGCCCGGGAGAAAAGUGGCAGCACCGAGGCUGUGUCGCCGGAUGGGGCCCAGAGGACCAACGACGAGCAGACAGGAGGGGCAGUGCCUGCAAGCGUCACAGCCCCUGCGUCCCCUUCUUCCUUCCUCUGGGUGCCAAACAAUGCGAAGAUGAGCUUCAUCUGACUCUUUCCUCUCCCUGUUUCCUGUUCCCCUUCCCAGGUAGACAAGUUCGCUCCAGGGUCCUUGGCAUAUUUCCGUAGACCUGAGCAGCCCACAGAGGAAAACAGUUCAACUCUGGCUUCCAUGGUCAUUUUACUGUUGAGAAAACCUCUCCUCCCUCCCCCAACCCCCUACUUUUUUUUUUUUUUAAUCCCAAAUCAAAUAUCAACCUACCAACAAUUGCCUGGCCGGGAAGUCUGGGGAAGUGGUAGAGAGCUUUGCUGGGUUCACAUUAUUCAUGUUCUCACCCUCUGUCUGCCCUCCCUGUCUCCCAUCUGCGGUUCAGAGCAGCGAGAAUCUGGGUGGCCGGUCUUCACGACCCCCAGAGGGAAAUGAUAAACGAGAAGAGAGCUACUCUGCCUCUGACCUUGAGCUCUUUGUCUUUAGGGGCAGAGCACAGUGUGUACGCUUGGGUGGCAUCACUGCGUGGUGCUGUUUGGAGGUCAGCUUCCCCACCUUCCUCUGGCAGGAAUGUCUUCUGUCUUUGAUAUCCGAGUUCAGCUUCCCAGUCCCUCACUUAGCGCGUUUGUGCAGAAAGGUUUGAACUCUGCCUGAGAAGGGAGUCGGUGGUGAGCAGCGGGGCUCUCCUGUGCUGCCCCCCCGCUGCCAUUCCUCCUGCCCACAGUCUUCUUGUAUGUGAGCCGCCUGAGUGGUUCUGUGGCUCCCGGAACAGGCCUGUCCGAGGGACGCGGGCGCUCUGGGGAAGGCCUGGUCAUGGUGUUCUGCCGGGUGACACCGAAGGACCGCCUUGGGAGCGUGGCGAACCACGGGGGUGCUCAGUGUCAGUAGUCCUCACUUUUCAGUCCACUGGGCCCUGUGAUACUUGCUGUCUCUGAUUGCAGUUUCUUAUAUUUUGAGUUUGAAAGGUGACCUUCAGAAUGCUCUUAGAAAAGAACUCAACUUUUCCUCUGUGGACCUGCUUGGGCUGCGGGGAUAGAUCAGCGUGGGCUUACAGGCGUGUCCCCCUGGCCCUCUGGCCCUCCCCUCGUACGUGGAACUGCCCCUCUCUCUCCCCCGCUCUGCCCUCCUGCCCGCCCCAUUCUCUGCCAGGCAAUUUUUCAAAUACACAUCAAAGAUACCUCACGCGCUGGUAUCUGAUAAGAUCUCACUCCUUUUAUCUGAGGAGGGGUCUUUUAUUUUUAAGAUGACUACAGACCUAUUUUUAGAUAUGUUUUCAAUACAGUUUUGAACAGCAACUUUUUAAUUACACAUCUUCCAGCGUCAGGAAGGUGAGAGAUGUCCACAGGCGAGUCUGCUGUUCCGUGUCGCCAUCCUCUGUCUCCCCCAGUUCCUGACGAGCUCUUCGCUUCUCCCUCGAGUUUUGGGUGUGCGUGUUUGCCGAUUGUAGUGGGUGGUUUGUAAAACUGGACCAUUCUCCUGGCCGUGGGUUGUUCAUGAAAGCCUCAUUCUUUUCCCUGACCCUUUGCUUUUUCAUUCCCUCUCCUCCCCCUCCCGCUCUCCUGACUAUCGACUGGCACGGUGAUCCCGGGAGAGGGACCCCCUCAUAGAAAGACUAACGCCUCUGUCCCUUCAAAAGAACAACCAGGGAAGUAGCCACGGUGUCCUGGCAACUUCUGGUUGUGUGUGGUAUCCUGCACCCCCUUCAGAGAUCACAUCCCAGAGUGAGAAUAACAGACCAGCUGCCUAAGAAAGAAAGCUGUUUGGUUUCCCUUUGAACUACAAAAAGCCCCUGUUCACAAACACAUUUUAGACAGAGGAGAGGAAGGAUGUCUGAGGAACUUUGUUCUGUUUUCUACUACAAAAUGUGAAUAGUUUAAAGAGUGACUCUUUUGUGAUGGUUGAUGUCUCUCAGGAACAAUCUGGGUCUCCAACGUUGGGGGGAUGCUUUCAGUCUCAAAGAUUGGUGAUCAGAAAAGUAUUUCUUUGUGUGUGUGUGUUUGUUUAAUGUAUCCCUGUUCUGGUUUUAAUUAAACUCCAAAUUUCGCUUUACCUACUCUUGGAAAAACUUCAGUUGCACUGUAAUUUGCAGGAGAAGUUUGCUCAGGAUCCCUUUGUCCCCCGGGAGCUUGAUUCCUUGGGAAUGAGGCUUUUCAUGCGUGGACCUGGCCCCGGCUCCCGCUAGGCUGGUCGGGCAAUGAGCAGGAGAGAGGCCCCUUCCCGAUCUUUAUUGCUGCACAGGAAAACUCCGCCUCCUUGCUCACCGCGGGGCGUGGCUUUCAUGCCAGCGUGAGUAGUAUCAUGAUGCCAUUUUCCCCUUUUGUGCCAUCUUGGUGACUCUCUGCACUUAGCUCCCUCAUCGGAGGCCGUUUUUCUAUUGUCUGCGGGGCGUGUUAGCUGUAUGAUACAGCAGCGGCCCCGUCCUUCUGUCCUUGUCUGCAAGGAGCUCCUUACUGCUUGGUGCAGUUCUUUCCUGGAGGCCACUACCACGAGAGAGACCUUGACCAUGAGCCUGCAUUUUAAAGAUAAUUUCACACGGCAACAGAUUAACUUGUAACAGAUGACACCUUUUUGCCCGGCCUCACAGGAUGAUUUUCAGGGCAAGCCAGAUCCAGAAGAAGGAAUCCUCUCUCUUGCCUUCGCUGGGGGAGGGAGUCUCCUGAGGGUACCAUAUGAAUGAGGUGGUUCUUAAAAUCAUAGGGAUUAUUUGUUGUUCUUAUGAGGACACCAUGGGUCUGUACUUCUGAAGACAGUCCAUUUUCCUGAGAGAUGGCCUUCUUCCUCCAGAUUCCAGCAGGAGACACUGGUCUGUCUGCCUUCCGGUGUGGUUCACCGAGCUCCCCACUUCCCCACAUUCUUUUCAAAAAGCUAAGCAUUCUCGAGAGUGCGCUGUAGAGCCACUGACUUCUUGUUCAGCCUUCUACCUGUAUUAGCACUCUGUUGCUGUGUGACAAAUUAUUCCCAAACUGAAUCUUAAAAGAGCACACAGUAGCUGUCGGCUUCUGGAGUUAGCAACUGGGAAGUGGCUGGGCAACGGUGCUGGCACAGGGUCUCAGGAAGUGGCAGUCGUGAUGUUGGUGGUAGGGUCUGCAGUCACCCGGGGCCAAGAGCCCACUUCUCCACUCUGUCCGCAGGGCAGCAGGAGUGUCCUCCUACCACGGCAGCUGUCUCCCCGAGCAGGGUGUCCCCCAGGGGAGGGUAUGAGGGAGUCUGCGGUGCCUACAGUGACGUCUCAGAAAGCACACACAUCAGCUCUUCCCGAUUCUGUUCCCGAGAAGCGGGCUCCGGAGCCCGGCCUGCACCCGAGUGGCGGGGAGUCACACCGCACCUGGGAAUGGAGCUGGAGCAGCAGCACAGAAUUUGAGGAUGGAUCUUAAAACCACCUCACCCCCCCCAGAGGAGAGAGGCAGUCCAACAGGGAGUUGGUUAAACUAGAUAACACCCCAAGAGAGAUGUUGCUACUGCAUCUCCUGGCAAGAAGGCAGACACUUUUUCCUCGAAGCCACCUGCUGGUUUUAAGAGUGACGAGAAAUGACAAUUCCCAGGAGAAUAAAGAGCCAUCCAUUUGCCUAAUGACCAGCAGCUCGAGGAUGCAUCACGGCGAGUCCCAGGCGUGGUGUCUCUGAGCCUCAGUACCACUUCCUUGCAUCUCCCUUAGCCACGACUUGACACACGGAACUGGAUCCUUCUAGCAGAGCCACUAAAGCAGCCUUCAUUGGAGUCAGGGUUGAUAAGCAGAAGGAGGAAAUAGGAGUUAGAUGCUGGGUUGUUACCGGGCUGAGUAAAAAGCUUACCAGUUCAGUUUCAGGGUGAAAUAGAUGAUGGCGUCUGGAAGCCAGGUCCCUACCAGAGUUGGUGCUUGGCACCUGGUCUUUGCAGCCAUACCAGCUGGAACAGCUUGGAGUCAGGUCUCACCCAAGAAGCCACUUCUCCGAUUAAGUCGCAACAUCUGGGAAUUAGCGAUGGCAGGCGUGCUUGAUUGCUCCUCCAAAUCCAUUUUAUCUUCCGUGCGCGCCCCCUCGUCCUGGGCUUCCUGAUGGAAACGUGUUCUUAAAGAGAGUGAGAGGCCCUCUUCUUCAACCGUGAGGGACACUCAGACGAGGCUAGUCAGGUGAGCACAUUCUUAGUGUGUGCUAUUUCUGGUGCCCGUGUCCGGCCACGCUCUGGAGACUUCAGACCGCUUCGAGAUGCACAUUCCUGGCAGGCUUUGUGCUCCGCCUCUUCCUUGGCGGUUUCUUCUCUGUCGCCCUGCUUGGUUUAGUGUGAACUUGAACCAGAGGCACCGCUGCGGAGGCAGCUGUAAGAAAACGGGUGCUUCCUCCACAAGUAAGGAACUCCUCUCUACAGCACUUCCAGAUGAGUUGACGAGUUGUGUUUUUCCAUCUGAUUUUGAGGUGGAUUCAGAAUCGGUGGUCUUUUAUUUUUUGUUGUUUGGUUUACCAGUUCUUUGGACGCUCCGACCUCAGGUCAGACAUUCCUGGUAGCCCGCUGCCUACUGCGUGUGUGGCAGUCGGAGUCCGUCGUUCAGCCAGCCUGCGCUGAGUGACCCCGUUGAGUCAAGGCAGCUGGUACGAGGGGCUCCUCAUGUUGGCAGCCAUGUCCCAGAACCAGACUCUCUACCCAUUCUCCCCUUCCUGGAUGUUCGAUGGGGGUGUCAGGCAUCUUGGCUGCUUGAAGCCAGGGCCCUUGGCCCUUUGCAUUCUCCUGUAGAGAGAGGCGGAGGUCCACUGCAUCUCCAUCUGGGUCAGAAUUUACCUCUAGGCAUGUUUCUGGAUUGCAGGCAUAGCAACUGUCUGCGAAACCCAAUCACUUACCCACCCAUGACAUCUGGGACCGGGUAAUACUCAUUUUAAAAAAGCAUCGUUUCUUUGGGAGGGCAGUUUCGGUCUGGACUUUGAAGGGAGUGUGGUUACCCACCCCACCCCCACACACUCCUGCUCCUUUAGCUCUCAGCUUUUAAUAAAGGACAAAAUCAGAUCUUGAGGUAGUUGGGUCAAAAUUCUUUUGAAUGCUUAUCCCCCAGGGACGUUUCCUGUUCUAGUAAGGAUUUUCCCGUGAAGCACUGAGGUUUCCAUGAAGUUAGCUCAGAGAAAUUUCUUACUGAAGACUCUAGGGAGAUGGAUGCAAACUUACUUUUUCAAACAAUCAUUCAUGUCACCUUGCCCACCUUCCGGAAUUUAAAUGUCUGCCUCUGGGCCGGUCCUGGAAGUUCACACCCUUUGGCAAAGCUAGAUUUCGGAGGUCUCGAGUCCCUGUUCAGGUGAUCUGUGGUUUCUCUUUGCUUAGCCUCUGCCCGCAGACUAUCCCGUAUGGAUGAGCAGUGGGAAAUACUGGCUGAGACAAAACGCAGUUCCUGGCGUCUUUAAAUCCUUACUCUGCCACCUUUCUGAGAGCGGGAGUCUGGCAGAGAGAUGCUGCAAUGCUUGAUAAUCAUUUGGCUGUGCUGAAAUUUCCAAAGGGAGCUCUUGCCGGUGCCUAAACCCAAAAUUCCUGGACACUUCCAAGAGGAUUCCAUGAAUCUAGCACAGAAUAUCCAUUCUUGCACCCAGUGUACCGCCCCCCCCCCCCCCAUCUUAAUCUUUGAAAGCAAAACAAAAAAACCCAAGCCCCGGCCAAGGGUGACUUUUACUUGAAACCAGGAGGGUGGGGAAGGAGCAGUCAAGAUAAGGAGCAGCUGUUCGAGUUAGCCAUCCUGCCCCCCGGCGGCUGUGUCCGAAUCCCUGAGUGCUGUGAGCCAGUGCCUUUCCUUCCCCGGGAGACAAGCCCGCCUCUUCCCACCCAGGUGCCCCGGGGCAGACCUCAGAGGAGGUGUCUGGGAGAGCCCAGAGGACACUCAAUAUCCAGGUGUCUGUUUUCAGCAUCUUUAAAAUAUUUUAUAUAUAAAACAAAUGCCCUUUCCCGUCUUAGUGCCACCAGUGGCUCGUUUCCAUUGACUCUGAAUGGAAAAGUGGAGACUGCCAGUACUUUCCUUGGUCUUCCCUUCAUCUCCUUUGAUGUGGUUCUCUCCUCCCCACCCCCCCCCAUGCUCCCCACCAUCCACUUCACGGUUGUGGAUGGAUAGCAGAGGACAGUCUGGAGGCAGUCCUGUGUGAAUCCGUGGUUGGUUUUUUGUUGGGUUGUUUUGUUGUUUUGUUUUGUUGUUUUGGUAACUGUCCUAAACCAGCAGGUGUUUGGAAAUUAGGGAAAAAAUUAAAUUCUCACCAAUGGUUGCUGUUACAGUUAAAUCAAUAAAGAUCUUGAGUAUCA